UUCUUUCUUUCUCUCUUGCUUUCUCUCUUGCUUUCUCGUCUCUCGCUCUUUCUCUCGUUCUCGCUCGCCCCUCACGUCUUGUAAACGCGACCGACACAUUAAUCCGCACUUUCAGGCCGCUCUCUCGGACAUUCUCGCGCACCUCUCGCGCUCUCCACGACCGACCAACCGCUCGAUUCUCUAGAAUCAAGGAGGUGGCACUGUGUCGCCACUCGCCGCCGCUUGUCGCCGCUGCUAUCCACCAUCGCCUCCACCACCACCACUGCCACCUCCAUCGCAACCGCGCUGGAUGGCGAUGGUGAGGACGGCGAUUCGAUUGUACGCGGAGCGACAAGCUGGGGAGAGAUGUCGACCUGUCACGGCCGGGAUCGCGAACAGAGAAUACAGAAAUUCUUCCGUGGGAACGGCGGAAGUGGUGAGAAGGGGAAGCGAGAAUGAGAGCACGAACGAAAGAGAAAAUCGAAGCAUUCAAGGAUGGAGAACCAGAAAAAGAAAGAGAAGAGGAGGAAAGAACGAGCGAAUGCACAGGAAUGCGAGAGAUGACAGACAGACAGACAGACCGACGCACGCACGCACGCACGCACGCACGCACGUUCUUACCCCCGGGAGAGGGGUGCCACUGCCGUCGUACGGCGUACCGAGAGCGCGGAACUGUCGCGCUCGCGGCGCUCUUCAAUUCCUCGUGGUCUCGUCGGACCUUCCUCCCACCCUACUAGUGGUAUCGACUGCGCCGGCGGCAGCGGCGGCGACGACGGCGACGACGGCGACGACGCGACGACGGCGGUUCUCGACGGUGGCGGCGGCGGCGGCGGCGGCAACGAUGACGACGACGGUGCGGGGCGGCCUUUUCUCCUUGAUGCCUCUUUUCAUAUAG